AUGUUCGACACUUCCAAGUGCGGAUUCAUCGAAACCUUGAAGAUCUCGACGAUGCUGAACACGAUGGGACACAUCUUCGACGACAACGAGUUGAACGCGUUGAUCAACCAUCAAGAUCCGGAGAAUAUCCGAAAGGUGAACUUUAACAGCUUCUGCAGCAUCGCCUCGCACUUCCUCGAGGAGGAGGACGACGAAUCCACCACGUGGAAACUCAAGGAAGCGUUCAGAUUGUACGACAGGGAAGGUAACGGUUACAUCACCACUGGCACCUUAAAAGAAAUCUUGGGUGCUCUUGAUGAUAAACUCACUGGAAGCGAUUUGGACAACAUCAUCACAGAAUAA